AUGAGCCAGCUGCAUGAAAUCAACUCCAAACCUUCAUCUCGAGCAGCUCUGGUCGGGUUUGGUGGAGUUGGGAAGUCCCAGGUUCUGAUCGAAUACUCGUAUCGUGUUCGAGAGCAGUCGGAGAUAUGGGUAUUUUGGAUUGACGCAAGCGACAUAGUGAGGUACGAAGAAGGACUUCGUGACAUGGCAGAUCAAGUCAAAAUCCCCGGGCGUCAAGACUCCAGCGCGAACAUAUUUCAACUUGUCUGCACUUGGCUGCAAGAUCUUGGGAAUGAGAAAUGGUUCCUCAUUCUUGAUAAUGUUGAUGACGAUGAAUAUCUUCAUAUGCCGAUACCACAAUUUUCACGAUUGAACCGCGCCGCAAGUACGAGCAUGCAUGAACUGGAAAGGUCCCAAAGCUUGCUGCCCGGCAAGUCCCCUGUGGAAUAUCUUCCCAUGAAACCGACUGGGUCAAUUAUAAUGACAACUCGAAGUAAACGAGUCGCGAGAAACUUCGUCAAUGAGUGCGAUAUCAUAGCAAUAGAGCCUCUCGAUGCUCAUGCGUUCUCGCUGCUACAAAGAAUCCUCCCGACGGAGACUAUGCCAGUGGUAGAUGAUGCAAGCCUGCGUAUGCUUGCUCAGGAGCUUGACUGUAUAGCAUUGGCCGUCGUGCAAGCGGCAACAUAUAUUGCAAGGCGGGCUCCUAGAUGCUCUGUGCAUCAAUACCUCGAGAUGUUUCGAAAGGGUAGCCGAGUAAGAGCGGAACUUUUGAAGAGUGAAGGAAGGGAUAUAUAUCGCGACCGGCGAAGAAACAACUCCAUAAUUGUGGCAUUGCAACUUUCGUUCGAGGUGAUCCAAGAGACAAGCCCGGAUGCGAUGGAUCUACUAUCAUUAAUGAGCUUCUUCGAUCGAAAGAGCAUACCAGACUAUCUCCUCCAGCCCCCUUCCAAGAUCAACGAUUGGAAUGAAAGCGGCAGUAACUCCGAAAGUGAUGGUGGAGAUUAUGCUGGGUCAUGGUUAAGUCAUAUAAAAGAACAUGAAACCGAUACUCUCGAUAUACUGGAUUCGGACUCCGAUGGUGAUAUUCAAAUGUCAGUCAGCGUACCCGAAGACAUUUGGUUCGAAGAUAGCAUCAACACGCUGAAAGACUACUCUCUGAUCUCCAUUGGCCCCGAGUCCCACACCUUUCAGAUGCAUGGUCUCAUACAAUUUUCGACACGAGACUGGCUUGAAGCCAAGGGAAAAAUUGAACCGUGGAAAGCAGUUUUUCUUCGGAACUUGUAUCGUGAGUUUCCAAAGGAAACCAACUACGCGAACCAAGCGAAAUCCCGUAUUCUGUUUCCCCACGUUCAACGCGCUUUAGCAUAUGGGCCAAAUUCAAAUUACAGACUUCGAUGGGCCAGACUCAUCAGCCAGGGCGCCUUUUACGCCAAUUUCUCCGGCCUAUUUGGUGAAGCGAGGCACAUGGCCAGUGUUUCACGAAAGGAGAUCCAAGACUCACUUGGAGACAAGGAUUCGGGUGAUGCCAUCGUUGCCUGCGUCUUUGAACUCAAUGUACUAAGGGCCUGCGGCAAUCUGGAAGCCGCCGAGGACCUGUGUCUUCAAAUACUCGAAUCAUUAUAUAGAGAUCUACAAGUCACCAAGGACUUGUUUCGCCAGGCGCUCGAAUCAUCACCUAGUGAACAACCCUCCCCAAGCCAGCAUGCAUACUUUGCCUACCACUCAUUGUACGCCGAUAUACUUCGUGAACAAGGCCGCCAUCGAUGGACUGAAGCGGAAGCUGAGUAUAAGAAGGUAUGGGAGAUGUGGCUAAGAGACGCCCCUAACGCAAAUAGCGGCUUGAAUGAGAUCAAAUCAUCUCUCGCCGAAUUAUACCAAUACCAAGGUCGACUCCAGGAGGCAGAAACCAUGUUUGAGGACGUAAUCAAGGUUCAAAGAGAGAUUUCAUCAGAUUCGCCUCUGGUGUUGCAUGAUUAUAUGAAAGGUCUCUCUUCUGUCUAUCUGCAGCGAGAUCUCCAUGAAAAGGGGAUUGCACUUUUAAAGGAGGUCGUUGAUAAAGAAGAACUUUUAUUUGGACCUGAUCAUCAUCGAACACUUUCAAGCAUGCGAAGCCUUAUACGCGCAUAUCAUACCACCGACGACUCCCAACAAGCAAUUUUGCUAAUGAUGGAUGUCUUCCAGAGGCAGACUCGGUCCCUUGGAAAUGAAAACUCUGAGACCAUGCAAACACUCAGUCUGUUAAUCAAGAUGCUCAUGGAGAAUGAAGAUUUUGAAGCAGCCGAAUGCCUGGCUGAAAUGUCGAUCGACGUGCUUCAAACAAACCCUAGUCUGGUUAGCCUCUGUAAAAACAAGCUUGCGCAUAUCUACCGAGCCCAAGGCUUGACAAAGAAAGCUAUCGAUACUAUAUCUGAGGUUGUUGAGACGCAGAAGCAAGCAUUCGGCGCAAAUAAUGACACCGUGAUUGGAAUUCAGUUGUCCUUGGCUGAAUGGCUUGGGGAACAAGGCCGUGUUCUCGAGGCCGAGGUCCUUCACAGAGACAUUCACAAAGUUUGUAGGAAGGCUUUCGGCAAGAAACAUGUAAAAACAUUGGGGUCAUUACAGCUGCUUAUAGACUUCUACAUGAGGCAUGAGCUACUCGCUCCUGCAGAGCUAUCACAGAUGAUGUCUCAUCUCGCUGAUUCAAAAACAUCAGUUUUCGGGAGAGAAAGUCCAGACACACUCUUCACCUUACAUGUAUUGUCAGUUGUUUAUUGCCUCCGACUGGAUAGAUGCCAUGAGGCCGCUGAGCUACAGCAGGAAAUUCUUGAAAUUUGCUUGAGAAAUCCCGGUAUUGACUUUGAGCCUCAAGCUUUAUUCUUGAUGGAAACUUUGGCUACGAGUUGGGAAAGAACUGACCGUCCCGAAGAUUCUCAGGAUUUGAGAGAACUUAUGCUUGCUUGCUCUACGCACAAGACUUCUGAGGAAACAUUCAACUUUCUCGCGUCUUCCGACAUUUUAGCAGCCGCCCUGCGUAAAUCAUCACACUUCUUGACUAGCGGAGAGUCUCAUGGAUCACCAAUUGUGAUAUCUGAUUGA